AUGUACAAAGUAUCUGUUGAUCUCUAUACAAAGCGGAAGAAAACUAAAACAAAAUCUUUUCAGUUUCUUACUACAGGUUUGUCCGUGUUGCAGACGCUGCACGGGGAACUUCUGCAGCUGGGGGUGUUCUGCACCCACCUCAUCCCCAGGGGCGUCCGCUUCGGCCCUUUCCAGGGCAAAGUGGUCAACACCAGCGAGAUCAAGAUUUACGAUGACAAUUCCUUGAUGUGGGAGAUUUUCGAAGAUGGUCGCUUGAGCCAUUUUAUAGAUGGGAAAGGAGCCUCGGGAAACUGGAUGUCCUUAGUAAACUGUGCCAGGUUCCCAGAGGAGCAGAAUUUGACAGCUAUUCAGUGCCAAGGCCACAUAUUUUAUGAAAGCUGCAAAGAAAUCUUACCCAACCAGGAGCUGCUGGUGUGGUAUGGAGACUGUUAUCUGCAGUUCCUGGGCAUCCCCAUCAGUUUGAAAGGGGCGGCAGAAGGAAAGGGACCCCAGCAACAACCCGAAGAAUCUGGCGAGAGUUACAAAUGCGAGAGAUGUGGAAAGGUAUUUGCCUACAAAUACUACAGAGACAAACAUUUGAAAUACACUCGCUGCGUAGAUCAAGGAGACAGAAAAUAUCCUUGCCAUCUUUGCAACCGAUCGUUUGAAAAGAGAGACAGACUGAGGAUCCAUAUUCUUCAUGUCCAUGAGAAACACAGACCUCACAAGUGCUCAGUAUGUGGGAAGAGUUUUUCUCAGUCCUCCAGCCUGAACAAACACAUGAGGGUGCACUCCGGAGAGCGGCCCUACAAAUGUGUGUACUGUAACAAGGCAUUCACAGCCUCCAGCAUCCUGCGCACUCACAUCCGCCAGCACUCGGGAGAGAAGCCCUUCAAGUGUAGACACUGCGGCAAAGCCUUUGCCUCCCAUGCGGCUCACGACAGCCACGUGCGGCGCACACACAGCAAGGACAAAGGCUGCACUUGCGCUGUCUGCGGCAAGAACUUCCUGGAGCAGGAGGAAUUCCGAUUCCAUAUGAAGUUCCACGCUGCUCUUUAGCCAGCAGCCCUGCGUUUGGAGCUGCAGGUAGCUGUGUUUGCUGUGUACGUUUCAGAAGAUGAAAUUCGUCCUUGUGCUGGAGACGAGCCCGGGGCCCAGGCAUCAUUCACAUCCCCUCAUGGAUGGCUUGAGUGGUGCCUUGGCCUUGUGCUGGGACCCCCACAGGGGCGCAUGUCCCCUCAGAUCAAUGUCUCUUAUGUGAGUGUCACCAUGAAUGUUUUUGUGCUUCCAGUGUGAUGUCUCCAUGGACUGUCCAGAAUGAUGUGCAGAAACUCCUUUGGCUGUGUUGUUAUGAGGUGCAUUUUGUAAAACAGGGUAGUCCGUGUUUACUUUUGGGGCUCCACCCCAGUGCUGAAGCUUAUUUUCCCCUGUUAGCUGGUUAUUACUUUAUGAAGUGUAUCGUUCCGGCCAUUUUAAUGCCCGUUUAAGGCACAAGUCUAUUUCUGUGAAUGAAUGUGA